AUGCUCUGUCCACUUCCACUUCUAGAUCUAAUUCCUCGUUGUUGGUCAACCAACCCGGUAGACCGGCCUAACGCCAGUCAAAUCGUACUUCUUACUGCGCCGAAGGUCGAAAGUUUUCCGAUGUGUGUGCCACCUCUAUCAAGCUCUAAGAAAUUAGAGAACCCACCUUCUAGUGUUACCGCCAGGCAAGCCGAUAACAAGUUCCAACUUCCAUACCCACUUAACUACGACCAGACCCAGUGCCUGGAAAAGACUGUCCAUUUGGGAUCAGGAGCCUGUAUCUUGCCAGCUGCAGGAGACCCGAUGCCUUCGGCGACGGCUAAGCAGCCCAAAAAUUCUGCUAAUGACCCAACUCGAAUGGGAAUCCGAGUGAAGGUCAAGCAGGCGGAUAAAUUUACCCGAUUGCGCAGUGCUCGAUGUCUCGACUUUCUGGAAACUGUCACCUGCGCGAUGAUAGGUAAAGCUUAUGGGAUUACUUUACUACUUAGUAACUCUCACUUUUGUUCCAUGACGCCAUAG